UGCUCCUUCAUGUUUCUCAAAUUCAUGAUGGUGCUAUUCAACUUCUUUAUCUUUAUGGGUGGCCUCACUCUGCUGGCAUUGGGGAUCUGGGUGAGCAGUGAUGGGGCUUCCUUGCUACAGAUCUUGAGACCUUUCUCCAAACAAAGUACCCAGGUGGUCAAUGUUGGCUUCUUUUGCAUUGUCAUCGGGGCUGCGCUGGUGCUGCUGGGAAUCUUAGGCUGUUAUGCAGCCCAUAGGAAGAGCAAGUGUCUACUCCUUACAUUUGCCUCCAUCAUGCUCAUCAUAUUCAUUUCUGAAGUGGCUACUGGAGUCGUAGCUUUGACCUACACCUCGUUUGCUGAGGGGAUCUUGAGAGCGUGGGCGACUCCUGCUCUACAGAAUCAAUAUGGUAAUGAUCCUGCUGUCACUAAGCUCUGGAACAGCACCAUGACACAGCUACAUUGCUGUGGUUUCUCCAACUACACUGAUUUCAUGGGCUCUAACUUCCAAAAUGCAACUGGAGGCAGCCUGCCUUCCAUCUGUUGCAGGACCAACAACAACACUUGCACCCCAGCCCAGGCAGAGUACAGCAAUGUGCAGGGCUGUUUUCAGCAGAUCCUGAUGAUCAUCAAAGAGAACGCUAGCACCAUGGGAGGCACUGCUGCAGGAAUUGGAUUACUGGAGAUUGCUGCCAUAUUGGUAUCCAUUAAUUUGUACUGCCACCUGGAUAACGAAGAUAGCUGA